ACUUAGGAUCUGUCAUUGGCUGAUCUUUUUUAUAAGUGUAUUGAAGUCUAUACCACCUUUUUGGCUCCCUUUUUUCUUUUGUCCAAGCUUCUCAGCAACUGAUAUAAACAAGACAAGCGAAAAAUUGCCACUUUUCUUGAUUUCAUUUCCUCACCGUGCAGCAGAUAAGAAAGACAAAAGGUCAGCAACUCACAAGAAUCCAAUUUUCAAAUUAUGGAGCAAAUCACCCUUUAAACCUCCACAUAACUUUACCAAGAAUUAAGUGUUGUGUUUUCCAUUGGAGGUGAUCUCUGGUUCAGCCACUCUUGACGUUUUCUGGGCUCUGGUUUUUCUCUUCUGUUCUUGCUUACCUGUAUACCCUGACAAAUCUACUCCCCAUAAUUCAGCCUGCCAUCCAUAGGAGAAGCCAUAAUUCAUACUAGUCAUUGAAAUUAUUUAGAGAUCCAAUUUCCCAGAAAAGUUCUACAUAUCUCAUGGUUUGGAAGUUGGGUUUAGCAUAAAUUAUUCAGCAGUUUUGGUAGAUUCUUGCUUUAUCUUCUUCCUUUUGGGGGUAAUAAAGCAGUCAGUGGAUUCAAGCAAGGAGUAGAUGACUGUGGAUGAAGGGGCUGGUACCUCCUCGUGGAGUCGAGAGCAGGAUAAGGCGUUCGAGAACGCCAUAGCAACUUACCCCGAGGAUUCCCCAGAUCGGUGGGAGAAGAUUGCGGCCGAUGUACCCGGGAAAACUCUAGAAGAAAUUAAGCAUCACUAUGAGCUGUUGGUUGAUGAUGUUAACAAUAUUGAAUCUGGUUGUGUGCCCCUGCCUUCCUACAAUUCUUCUUCCGAGGGUUCGUCGAGCCAUGCUGGUGAUGAAGGAACUGGUAAGAAAGGUGGACAUGGCGGGCACUAUAACAGCGAGUCUAAUCAUGGAAGUAAAGCAAGGUCUGAUCAGGAACGUCGUAAAGGGAUUGCGUGGACGGAGGAUGAGCACAGAUUAUUUCUACUUGGUUUGGAUAAGUAUGGGAAAGGUGAUUGGCGAAGUAUAUCGCGCAACUUUGUUGUGACAAGGACACCUACACAAGUGGCAAGCCAUGCGCAAAAAUACUUUAUACGUUUGAAUUCAAUGAACAAGGAUAGGAGGCGAUCGAGCAUUCAUGACAUCACAAGUGUUGGCAACGGAGACGUGGCAGGACCUCAAGGACCAAUCACUGGUCAAGCAAAUGGUUCCUCCGGAACAGCGUCUGGAAAAUCAAUGAAACAACCACCUCAACCUCCAGGAGGACCCCCUGGGGUCGGGAUUUAUGGCGCACCGACCAUAGGACAGCCGAUUGGCCCCCUCGUAUCCGCAGUUGGCACCCCAGUGAAUCUUCCCGCCCCUCCACAAAUGGCAUAUGGUGUCAGAGCACCCGUAGCUGGAACAGUGGUUCCUGGUGCACCGAUGAACAUGGGUCCCAUGACGUAUUCGAUGCCGCAUACAUCAGCUCAUAGGUAACCCGCUGCUUUUACUACAAAAUGUGCAAAGGACAGAGACUCUGCAGCUUGUGCUUAUGCUGAGUCAUUGGGAUCCUUUUGCUCUGAACCUGAAUAUUUUGCUUAUUUGCAAGGACAAGUUUAAUGCUUCACUUUCAUUUGUCUAUUCUCGUAUCAAAUAAGCCACAUGGGAAAAAAUUACAUGAAUCUGUAUAGGCAGUUGUGAAGGAGGCGGCGAUAUUUAUGGCCAGGACAAGUAUUUUAGUGCCUUUUCAUUUUAUAAACAUGAAAUGGAAAUUUACUAGUCAUUGGGGUAGUCAGUCCUGAAAAGUAGUUUUUUGUUGCACAAGUUGUAAAGAAUCUUCUUUUCUUUAUUUUUUCACACAUGUACAAUUCAGUAGGUUUUGCUAUAUUAUUUAUGGGACUUCUUACUGUUUGUUUUAGUAAAUCGUCAUUCUUAGAGGAUGACUGUUUAAUUGUAUGUGGUAUGUGUUAUUCUUGGUUGGAAAUUUUGGGUACCUCUCAAGUUUAAUUGUAUGUGGUUGAAAUGAAAAUUUUAGUUCUCUAUUGAACUG